UCUUAUGGAUCAGCGGCUCUCCAAACCAGAACGCAAAAACAUGGACGCGUGUCUGAGACGACUGAAGCAGGAGCUGGUGUCGAUGAAAGAAGCAGGAGAUGGCCUCCAUGCACAGAUGAAUUCUAUGAUGGGAGCCCUCCAAGAACUCAAGCUCCUCCAGGUUCAGACAGCGAUAGAGAAUCUUGACAUUUCAGGACGACCAAUUAACCGAGGACCUCCAAACCCUGCUCCACAAGCUCCUCCAGAUUCAGCUAUGCCUUGUUUCAGCCCUCCUGCGGCCAAGGAGCCCAGUCCAAGCCCAAGACCCAGGCCAUCACUAGAAAGCAGAUCCAGCAUCAGUGAAGAUGAAUGCAGCUCGUCUCAUCACAGAAGCAGCACAGGAACUUCAUCUUCAUCAGCAUCCAGCCUGGAGAGUGAUAGAAGCGAGAGUAGUGUAAGAAGCAGGAACAGUGAGACAAACGUUGAGUCUAUACCAAAGAGGUGGUCAGGAUAUGCCGCACCCCAGGUGGACUUCUAUGGACCAAUAGUGGGAAACCCCCCGCCAGAGCCUUAUUCUCAUCCAUCAGUGCCCAGCCGUGCACAGGUGGUUGAUCUGCCUGGUAUCCUGUACAGCCUCUCCAGAGAAGGUCCAUCAUUAGACAGCAACUACUCCCUGGACAGCACAGACGACACCAGUGACUGGACGUCAUCACUCAUGAGCCGCAGCCGUAACCGGCAACCGUUAGUGCUCGGGGACAAUGUCUUUGCAGACCUCGUGGGUAACUGGCUAGACCUACCAGAGGUGGAACAGGAUGAUGCAGAAGAAGAGCACAUGAGGAAGAGACGAGAGAACAGGACAAUGGAUGGAGGAGCAGACAGACCGGACACUCUGGCUCACCCUCUCCGUCUGAGCCGCUCACAGGAGAUCUGUCAGAAAUUAUCACUCACGACAAACAUUUUCAAGAAAUUUCUGCGCACCGUCCGACCUGACAGGGACAAGCUGCUGAAAGAAAGACCUGGCUGGGUCGCGCCUGAGCUGCCCGAGGGUGACCUUUUCAAAAGACCCAAGAAACUGGUUCCUAAAGGUUCUAAGGGGAGCUUCUACCUGCCGUUCUGGGCAAAUGGACAACAGGGCAAAGGCAGGCCUUGUCCAUAUCUAAGUGAAAUGGAGGCAAUCCACAACCAAGUCCCACAGUUCCACCAGCCGCCAUUUGCCGCAAUUUAUUUGGACAGGAGGCAGCCAGGGAGAGGUCUCGAGAAAAUGCAGCCCUUGUUUGACUACAACACGGCUGUGUGGGUUUGACAGUGAGGCUGAGGCCAACAGACUACCCGUGAUGUCAGACUGAAUGAGUGACAGGUGCUGGGGGCUGGAGGGGAA